CUGCUUUCCCUGCCGCUGCAGGGAGGAAACUCCCACCUCCACACGCUCGAUUUCAUGAAUGCCUCAAAUCGGCUAUGAGAAGACAUCCUUUUAACCUGUGCAAAUGAGCUGGAGUCUUAGAGGGAUUAACCUGCCUGGUAGUUGAAUUUACAAAGACUGAAAGUCGGUGCUUUCGGGAGAGUGGAGGAUGAUACAGGAAUGGGACUGUGACUACAUGGAGAAUGUGCUUUGGAGCUGCAGAUCACCCACACUCUGCUCCACUCACCCUUUUGCAUGACCAUGGAGAACAGGUGCUGAGAUCGAGUGCUGGGCAGAAGCAGCAGUGGGCUGGUGAAGAUGGAGAAUGGCACAGGGGACAAGCAGAACCAAACUGUGCUGCCACUAUCAAGCCAGGAGAUCAUUACAGUUGAAUACCAAGUGGUUACCAUCCUCUUGGUCCUCCUCAUCUGUGGACUGGGCAUUGUGGGCAACAUCAUGGUGGUUUUGGUGGUCCUCAGAACCAAGCACAUGAGAACUCCCACUAACUGCUACCUGGUGAGUCUGGCUGUGGCAGAUCUCAUGGUGCUUGUGGCUGCAGGACUACCCAACAUCACAGAAAGCCUGUAUAGAUCCUGGGUGUAUGGCUACGUGGGGUGUCUCUGCAUCACUUAUUUCCAGUAUCUAGGCAUCAAUGCUUCUUCUUUUUCCAUUGCUGCCUUCACCAUUGAGAGAUACAUAGCCAUCUGCCACCCAAUCAAAGCCCAAUUCCUGUGCACUUUUUCAAGAGCCAAAAAGAUCAUUAUUUUUGUCUGGGCUUUCACCUCCAUAUACUGUAUGCUCUGGUUUUUCUUGCUGGACAUUAAUACAGUAGCCUACAAAGAGACUACUGUUGUGUCCUGUGGCUACAAGGUGUCCAGGAGCUAUUACUCUCCUAUCUACAUGAUGGACUUUGGUAUAUUUUAUGUUGUGCCAAUGGUAUUGGCAACUGUGCUCUAUGGCCUGAUUGCUAGAAUACUGUUCCUGAACCCCAUGCCUUCGGACCCAAAAGAAAACUCUAAGACAUGGAGGAAUGAUGUGGCUCACCAAAGCAAGCCUGUGAAUUCCAAGAUGACUAACAGAAGUUUCAAUAGCACUGUUGCCUCUCGAAGGCAGGUUACCAAGAUGCUGGCUGUGGUUGUGAUCCUAUUUGCAUUCCUAUGGAUGCCCUACCGCACACUAGUUGUGGUCAAUUCCUUUCUCUCCAGGCCUUUCCAAGAAAACUGGUUCCUGCUAUUUUGCAGAAUCUGUAUUUAUUUAAAUAGUGCCAUCAAUCCUGUAAUUUACAAUCUCAUGUCCCAGAAAUUCAGAGCAGCCUUCAGGAAACUCUGCAACUACCAGCAGAAACAGGAGAAGAAGCCUGCCAGUUACAGUGUUGCCCUAAAUUAUAACGUCAUCAAAGAUUCGGAUCACUUCAGCACUGAGCUGGAAGAUAUUACUGUUACCAAUACCUACCUGGCCUCUGCAAAAUUGUCCCUUGGUGAUACAUGUUUGUCAUCUGAGACCUGAGACACACCACCUUCUGUUGUACACAGCCGUAUAAGACCUUUGGAUGCUUUGUUCCUAAUGAACUGUAUGAAAUGUAAAGACAUUUCUGCUCACAGAAUUGCAGGGUUACUAUAUAUCUCUACACAUCUGCCUGUGCCCUACAAGAAAAAACAGCCUCUUGGGGAAUGAAAAAAUAUACAGCUGAGACUAACUGAACAAAGCACUUAAUACAAUAUAACUUCAGGAAGGUGAGUUGGCUUCCAUGGAAUACCCAAAUGCUUUGUCUCUUUAACUGGCCAAAGAGUGGUCUGCAUUCUCAGGAAGAGCAAGACUUCCUCGGACACAUCCAUGGAUGCAGAGUGGCGCAGUGGUUGAUGCUCCCAGUGAAUCUGGGAGUCAAGGAGAGGAGCUGCCCUUCUGUGUGGCUGCACUGGGCAGUACCAGCAGGGCCUGCCCAACAGCAGCCAGAACCACUGAUAACAGUAAUUACCUGCCAGUGACUCCCUCAUCCCAUAUCAGAGCAAAUCCAAUUGUGGGCAUCAUAGCACACUUCAAUAACAGCUAUCUGAUUGCAAGGAGUGAAAAAUCUUUCUCUUCUUGAGUUUAUUUUCACCUUGAGCAGCAUGAAAUAGGAAGAUCAUUGAAUGAAUUUGCAGCAGGGAAUAAACAAAAAGUUAUUAAGAAGCUUUUAAAAUAUCUUGGGUUUUUUUCAGCAAUCUAGUUUACAGAUGUACCACUUUAAAUGUAAGUCUCAGCUACUAUUGAAUUCUGUCAGAACUUGACACAUAUUAAAGAGUAUUGGACAGGCUUUCACCAGUUCCUCUUACCUUGGUUCAAUAGCAAUUUUGCCUAAGAGCGCUGCAGGGCAGUUAUAGCUUCAAUAUAGGUAAUGUCUAGGGAAAAGAGGAAAAUGCAGUGAAAAAUGACAACUUUAAAUUUUUUGUCUCAAAGUUUAUCUAUUAGAAUACUUUAGGACAUAAAGUAUUGUCAGAACAGAAGUCACCAUGGCUUCUCACUUGCCAGCAUAGUCGUUUCCAUGCUCUUCCCACACAGAACCAUGAUAAGCAGCCUGAGGCCACAGUCUCUCUGUUGGAGCUGCAGACAAAACAGCAUGUACUGCUUUGGCUUUGCUCCAGACCAGCUCUUGUUCUUGCCAGAAUUAUAUUUUCCCAUUUCUGUGCAGCAGAAACAGAAACUGAGAAAGGUGCCUCGUUUUUCAUGAACAUUUUGCGCAGCUCUUGUACACGACAUUUAGAAACUUGAAAAAAACCUUUCUGUUCUAGUAAAAAACCUAUCCAGAGUGGGAUGAAAGAGCCCCUCCAGUAUUGUAAGGCUUUCCUGUCCAGUAUUACUUUGCACACCCUGCCAGUUCCCCAUCACUUUCAUUUACAUUCAGCCAUAUUUGCAAACUUAGAGAUCUAAAAAUACCCUGAUAGGCCUCCGAUUUAAAUGUUAAACUUGUGAAUUGUGAACCUGUGUCUGCUGCAUCCAAAAGAUUCUAUUCAACACUCUCUGUAUGGGAAGAAGAAAGUGAAUAGAUUGCCCAGAGACGUUGUGGAGUCUCUCUCACUGGAAAUAUUCCAGAACCAUCCAGACGCAAUCCUGUGCUAUGUGAUCUAGGAUGACCCUGCUUGAGCAGGGAGGUUGGACAAAAUGAUCCACUGUAGUCCCUUCCAACAUCAACCAUUCUGUGAUUCUGUGAUUCUGUGAACAGUCUGUAUCCUGCUCUGUCUGCACCCUUGUUUUAACUCCUGUUUUAACUUUGCAGAGCUCCACAGGGACUUUCUAGCUUGGUAGAGUGAUGGCAAGGACAAGGGAGGGACCAACAGUAGGAGGUUUUAACCAGCAGUAUAGGUCUGACCAACUUCUAGAAGCUGGCAGAGAUUUGGUUGGAGCAGACCUAGCUGCAGAACCCAUGCAGGCUGUGUUGCAAUCUUUCCUAAAUCCUCUGCAUUGUGACUCUUCCUUAUUUAUGGGGGCUGAGGCUUGCCAGCUUGUCUGCCUCAGCAGCAUAGACCACCAGGCACAUCCGGUGGGGUCUGUCUCUGUGCAGAUGCUCCAGCACUGUGGCACCUGAACACCCACAUGACUGGAAGGGGGCCAUCCAGACUACUUUUGAAAUAAUAAGGAAAAACUAAAAUGACAGAGUAAGGCACAUGGCAGCCAAGCGAGCAAAGUUGGCUGGGGUUCAAGAAUCAGAGAGAAGGAUACCAAUGUAUUCUUGAGUUAGCACCUAGCAGUUGUCUCAUAAACAGAAUUCUAUAGCUGUGACAUACACUUUGAAUAAACUUUUGCUUCGUAGAGCUUGAUGUGGAAUGACAGGGUUCUAUGACACUUUACUGCUCACACGUGCUUAAAGCUACAGUUUGCCACCACAAGUGCAAGUCAAGGAGAGGUACCACCACCUGUGUAACAUUUCCUCCAAAGCACCUGUCAGAGAGAAAUUAAAUUAUCUGGGAACCUUACACAGGAAUUUAUGUCUGCUUAACCAAGAGACAUAUUCAAAGCAAGUUCCUGUAUCUGACUGAGCAAAGGCUUUGUGUCAGUGAGCCAGUACCACUUGGAGCUGAUGAGAGAAAAUCCCUGGAUCUGAACUGGAGGCAGAAGGUGUAGAAGUGGCCACAGCUGGCACCGGUGUUGGAAAAUCCUUUUGCUCUUCACAUGCUGUUUUCAGUCAGGCACCUUUCAGAGUAGGCUCUGCUUUCCAGACUUUUUAAAGAGGUAGUAGAACUAGUUCCCUUUCUUAAAAGGUGAGCAGAUGGGCAGGACUCACAUCAGGCAAAGCGUGCAUUACACAGAAUCCUGACUGUCCAGAAAGGAGCGAAACUGCCAGGAUAAGGACUGAGCUCAGUAUUCAUGUAAUGACAGUAAUACAAACACUUUUAUCUCAACACUUUUCAGAGCACAGACUGAGCUACAGCUUUUAUAGACUGACAAUAUCAGAAGUCAAUUCUGCUUUCUCGGCCUCUCUUCCAUAAUUGUUUUUUCUUGUUUCAGAUGUUCAAGUGAGGUAUUUAAGUCCAUAUUCUUAGUGAGGUUUCAUCAAGGGCUAAAAUCUAUGUAGAUGGUUUUGUAUGCACCAUCACUUGGAAUAACAAAUGAAAUCGAAUUUUUCUGGUAUUUAUUUGUGCAAACAGAAAUAAUGAUGCUUGCAAAAUUGUGUGCAAAAAUGCAAUAUUUAAAAUUGCAGAUUUUAGUUAAGGUGUGAUUUGAACUCAUAACAUGCUGUGACUGUGUCUUUAUAGAUGUUAAUUAUGAAAUCCAUGCUAAUUAUAUACUGAUUCCCACAGCUAACACUAUGAAACUUUGUCAGGUACGCUAAUGUGAUUUUAGAUCUAUUUCUGUGUUUGCCCUUCUGUUUAUAACAGCAAUCAACCUUUUUUCUUGUAUCUAGAUGUUGUAAAUUAGACAUGUGGGCAUGUGUCUAUUUAAAAAUUUGCGUGGUUUUAAAUUUAUUGAUAAUUAUAUCAAACUUGUUUUACUAGAAGUUAAAGUGACUCAAUGUCAACUACUGACUGCAGUAAUAUAACCAUUUAUCUACUAUUUAUAAGUAUAUUUAUAUACUUAUUUUGUGGAUAGUAAAUUCCUCUGCCACAUUUAGUUUGAAAAAAUUGUCUGAUUGGUACCAGUAUUGAAAUCCAUGCCUAUAUCCUUACUUAAUGUCUUUGAUGCGAGAGAUUGCAUUCUUAUUGCACUUUUAUUUGGAACUUUACCCAGAAUGUAACAGAAGAGAUAAUGCUGUAGCAUCUGGCUUCUGGAGCUAUGCUGCUUCCUUUGUGAAAUACUGAGAUUUCAGAAGCUUCUGUGUUGGUAAAUUGUCCAGAUGAGAAAGGUCAGGUGUAUUUAAAACACACUUUGGUUCGAAUUAUCAUGUGACCUCUUCGAGGUCAAGGUUAAGGAUAUAUCAAAGAUAUUGAAGCAGCUCCAAUGUACUGUGAAGGUGUUUAUGACACUCCUGUGGAAGUAAAUGGCAUAAAUCAAAUGAUUCAGGUCUCAUUAGCAUCCCUUCAAAAACAACUAUCUAAAAAAGUGUCCCAGAGGAAUGAUCCUACUUCAGGAGCUGCUGCUGUAACUCCCCAGCUACACAGUAAAGGCUCAGAUUAGUCACUUAGCCUUUGGAAGUAGACAAAUUUUUCUUCAUUGUUUUUUAUAAAGCUAUUUAAAAAAUAUCAAAACAACCAACCAAAAAAACCCAGAUCUGAACAUUGUCACCAUGGAAAAAAAUAUAUAUGAUUUCAAGAAUGUGUAAAGCUAAAUUGUUCUUUCAACAAUGCUGCAUGUGCUUAUUCAUUUCUUAACUAUGUGUUUGUACAGUUGUUUCAUUUGGUACAAACUGCAGUGAAAUUUAAAAAUGACCUUUCAGUAUUUUGUAGUCUCUUCGUCAGACAGAAUUGUUUAUUUGACGUUUUCUUCUUUUCAGUAAGAGUUUGUUUUCUCCUGAAUCUUUUGUUACUACUGAGAUAAAGUGAUACUUCAAAUAGCAGUGAAUUGGCCCAACCAAAGUGAUUUAAAUUCCAGAAUUCCUUAAUUUGGGAGCUGAGUCCUGGAAAUCUGAAUUCCCACAAACCAUGUAAGAGCAACUGGUUUAGAAGGAAUUUCUUUUUCACCUAGGCAGAAUAAUUCUGGUUUCAUUCUGACACUGCAUGUGGUUUAUAUAUUUGUUUAUUAAAAUGACUGUGAAAUUGUGCAGAGAAAUGUACUAUUGAUAAAUGUAGAACAAUUUUUGUUCAAAAGAAGCGUUUUGUAAUUCUUUGGUGCAUUCCACUGCUGAGAUUAAUCUGUGAUGGAUUUUUGUUGCUACCCUAAUAAAAUGUUGAACAAGAUAA